CCGCCGGGCGGGUCAACUCUACUAGGGCUACUUAGAGGGCUCGGAACCAAGUCAGCACGACCUGCGAGUAGGCGUCGCGCCGCUGACACUCGUGAAGCAGCAGGGGGGCGAAACCCCAGUCUAGGCCCCACGGAGAUGUCUAGCUGCGGGGCUUGUACAUGCGGCGCGGCAGCUGCGCGGCUCAUCACUUCCUCGCUCGCCUCCGCGCCGAGAGGUAUUUCAUGUGGGCGCAUUAAUAUACCAGUGUUAGGAAGACUUGGAACCUUUGAAACUCAGAUUCUGCGAAGAGCUCCUUUUCGAACCUUUACAGAAACACCAACAUACUUUGCCUCAAAAGAUGGCAUCAGUAAAGAUGGUUCUGGAGAUGGAAAUAAGAAAUCACUAAGUGAUGGGAGCAGUAAGAAAUCAGGCUCUGGGAAUUCUGGGAAAGGUGGAAACCAGCUGCGCUGUCCUAAGUGUGGUGACUUGUGCACACAUGUAGAGACUUUUGUGUCAUCCACUCGGUUUGUGAAGUGUGAAAAAUGUCAUCAUUUUUUUGUUGUGCUAUCUGAAGCAGACUCAAAGAAAAGCAUAAUUAAGGAGCCUGAAUCAGCAGCAGAAGCUGUAAAAUUGGCAUUCCAACAGAAGCCACCGCCCCCUCCCAAGAAGAUUUAUAACUACCUCGACAAGUAUGUUGUUGGCCAGUCGUUUGCUAAGAAGGUGCUUUCAGUUGCUGUGUACAAUCAUUAUAAGAGAAUAUAUAAUAAUAUCCCAGCUAAUCUGAGACAGCAGACAGAGGUGGAGAAGCAAACAUCAUUAACACCUCGAGAGUUAGAAAUAAGAAGACGGGAGGAUGAGUACAGAUUUACAAAAUUGCUUCAGAUCGCUGGAAUUAGUCCACAUGGUAAUGCUUUAGGAGCAUCAAUGCAGCAGCAGGUAAAUCAACAAGUACCUCAGGAAAAGCGAGGUGGCGAAGUGUUGGAUUCUUCUCAUGAUGACAUAAAACUUGAAAAAAGUAAUAUUUUGCUGCUUGGACCAACAGGAUCAGGUAAAACUCUACUGGCACAAACACUAGCUAAAUGCCUUGAUGUCCCCUUUGCCAUCUGUGACUGUACGACUUUGACUCAGGCUGGAUAUGUGGGUGAAGAUAUUGAAUCUGUGAUUGCCAAGCUACUCCAGGAUGCCAAUUAUAAUGUAGAAAAAGCACAACAAGGAAUUGUCUUUCUGGAUGAAGUAGAUAAGAUUGGCAGUGUGCCAGGCAUUCAUCAGUUACGGGAUGUAGGUGGAGAAGGCGUUCAGCAAGGCUUACUAAAACUACUGGAAGGUACAAUAGUCAAUGUUCCAGAAAAGAAUUCUCGCAAGCUCCGUGGUGAGACAGUACAAGUUGACACAACAAAUAUCUUGUUUGUUGCGUCUGGUGCUUUCAAUGGCCUGGACAGAAUCAUCAGCAGGAGGAAAAAUGAAAAGUAUCUUGGAUUUGGAACACCAUCUAAUCUGGGCAAAGGCAGAAGGGCUGCAGCAGCUGCAGAUCUCGCCAAUCGAAGUGGGGAGUCAAACACUCACCAAGACAUUGAGGAGAAAGAUCGAUUGUUACGCCACGUGGAAGCCAGAGAUCUCAUUGAAUUUGGCAUGAUUCCUGAGUUUGUGGGACGGUUACCUGUGGUGGUUCCUUUGCAUAGUCUAGAUGAGAAAACACUUGUGCAAAUAUUAACUGAGCCACGUAAUGCGGUUAUUCCUCAAUACCAGGCCUUAUUCAGCAUGGAUAAGUGUGAACUGAAUGUUACUGAGGAUGCUUUGAAAGCUAUAGCCAGAUUAGCACUAGAGCGAAAAACUGGUGCAAGAGGCCUUCGGUCCAUAAUGGAAAAGCUGUUACUAGAACCAAUGUUUGAAGUUCCUAAUUCUGAUAUUGUAUGUGUGGAGGUUGACAAAGAAGUAGUAGAAGGAAAAAAGGAGCCAGGAUACAUCCGGGCUCCAACGAAAGACUCCUCUGAAGAGGAGUAUGACUCUGGAGUUGAAGAGGAAGGGUGGCCUCGCCAAGCAGAUGCUGCAAACAGCUAACUUGUCAGACUCUUGUCCUGUAUAUAAAGCUUUUCCUUCUUUUGCUUAGGAUCAUAACUGUCUCUGCAGUCUGACAUUAAAGGAGUUGGAUCUGUCUAUCUUGGAUAACAUACAUGGUCAGCAACCUUUAGGACAAGAAUCAGAUCAUGUAUUAUAUUGUAAUAUCACAUUGAUUUAUAACAGUGGACAUUAUGUGGACUUCAAUGAUACAAUGUUCUGAGAUUAAAAUGUACAUUACUUUGGUUCAGUUUUUUAAAAAUAUGCUUUAACAAAAUUCUUAAGUCCUUUUAAGCAAUGCAGGUGUUGCAAUAACUCUGAAUUUUACAAUAAUGUUACUCUACAAAUGGGAAAAUAAAUUAUUUCAAAUUGAAGAUUGA